UAAAAACCAUUGUCAUCAAAAGUGGUUUCAUCCAAUAGUGCAUAAUUGGCUUACUUGCUUUAGAUGCAGUUUUGAGAAUUAUUGACCCUCUUAAGCCCAAUGAUGUUUAUUUAAAGAAAUCAAAAUAGUUAAAAUUUAGGAAGCCUCAUACUGAAUUAGUUGAAGGAAUUGUAUUCUCUUAUUAAAAGCACGUUAAAAGCUGAGGGACCUUAAAAAAUAGGAAAUUUUAAAGUGGUACUGUUGUAAUUUUGUUUACCUGCGCCUAAAAAAGAUGUUGAGAAUUCUAUUGCCAUUUAUGAUUAUACAGAAAUGAACAAAAUAUUGAAAGAAGAAAGAAAAUACAUUAUUGAUCUCGUUUAAAAAUGGGGCAAAUAUAUUAUUGAUUCAAAAAAGUAUUUUAAGAGAUGCUGUCAAUUAUCUUUCAUUGUUUUUUUUUAGCAAAACAAGGAAUUAUGGUUGUGAAAGAUAUCAAAAGAGAGGGUGUAGCAUUUGUAUCCAAGGUAUACUUAUGUAUUGAUAAUAAUUAGCACAAAUAGAUUAAUUGACUCCUGAAAAUGAAAUGUUUUCUUGAAUAAUGAAAGCAAGUGUUGAGAAUUACUGGGAGUGCCUUCUUAAUCUAAAGCUUCUACAAUCUUAGUUCGAGAGUCAAACACAUUAGUUUUAGAUGAGGCUGACAGAAGCAUUCCCGAUCCCUUAUAUGUUAUUAAAAGUCUUGUUAAAAGCAAAGGUUUGAUUCCAGGAGGAGGAGCACCUGAAAUCCACUUAUCAUUAAAAUUGACUUAAAAGGCUAAUAAAUUAACAGGUGCCAGGUCUAUGUGUGUUAGAGCCUUCGCCGAAGCAAUUGAAGUGAAUUCUUUUACUUUUGCAGAAAAGUAGGUAAUUUAUAUUCAAACUGAAGGAUUGAAUCCAAUCAAAUUAUUUACUGAGUUAAGAAAUAGACAUCUUAAAUCAAAAAGUUCGCAGGAAUAGGAAUAAAGAAAGUAAUUAUUAUUUAAUAUAAUCAUUUAGAAUAGCAUUGUAGAUGAUAUUACAACUGAAUAAGUAGUUUAACCUAUUUUAGUAACAAGGAGUGCUUUGAGUUGGCUACAAAGUGUGUUAGAUUGAUCCUUAAAAUUGAAGAUCCUGUCAUUUCAGCCUGUUGA